AUGGGUGAAAAUACAGGCAGUGCUCUCCACUAUGGGCACGUAGGGCAAGCUAUCUAUCUUCCGGAGGAGGAGGACUGGACAUUUACACGCUCUUUUGAUAGGCCCCCGUCCAUUCAGUAUACCGGAGUAACCAAAACAAGAAUCCCGUCGCCCUUUCCCCCAGCCAAAGUGCAACCAAUACCCAGAGUACCUCCGAAAAACUCCAGGAAACUAAUCACAAACGCGCAUCCUGACCUGGCAGCAUCAUGGUCCUCCAUUCGUGAGGAACCUUUGUCCAGAGCUGUUAUAAGAACGGUUGAGCAUUAUGAUCCGGAGAUCUCUGCACUUUUCGAUAUCGGUUAUGCGGUGGACCAAAGGCGCCAUGACAAAAGGCUCCGCUCAGUUCCAAUUGCGGUGGCUGUGGCCGGAGAAGGCCGUAAUAUAAUUUCAUUCCGAACUUUGGAAGAGGAAAUUUUGGAGUUAACAUCUCCACGGAACUUAGCAUUUCGAGCUCCAACAAUCAGUGACACUGAAAUGUCUGAAUGGUCUAAGGAUGGUGCGCCAAUACGUCAAGUACACUUUGCACGUCCCUUGGACGAGAAGCCCAUGUUCAUGGCCGCUCGUCUCGCCACAGGGACUACAAUAUUCCGACCUCUUUACCACUGGGACCCUGUACCUAGGCGCAUACCGGAAGGUGCUAUGCCGGGGUUUUCCACUCCAUUACAAAACUCUCGGCUGGAUGCCAAUCCAAUUGUAGAGAUAUCUGUGUCGCGAACAGGUGACGUUUCACAUGCCGAUGUGACAUUCAACCCCUGGUAUCAGAGACAAUUCGCCAUUGUAGAUACCAGAGAUGACCAGAUUCAGCCACGCACGGUUGAGCUGGGAAUGGCAAAGAAAUCUGAGUGGGUUUUGGGCGUUCAAAGAAACACGCGCAAACCAUCACAGUUCUUCGUCCUCACUACCACUCGAAUAUUGUGGUUUGAUCUGGGAGCACUACCAGGCGAGGAUGAUACAAGCCUUUCUCUAUAUCCCCAAGUGUCCUGGAGGCACUUUCGAGACCCCGAAGACACGACUUUGCAACUUAGCGACAUAGUCGUAUACAAAGACUUAUAUCUUGUUCUAUAUUCCCAUAUCACUCGGAUGGUACAGGUAUUCCCUUGUCCCUUUAUAUCCGACGAUCGGACCGAGUCUAUAUCUGUACCCGAUCCCCUGGUGCUAGAUACGCCUCUGUUGGCGGCUAUACCGCCUAGCAAACGCGAUUCUGUCUUGCGAUUCUCGAGACUCGUGUUUAAAGAGAUUGCGCACACUGUCACACCACGGGGUAGGAGAUUCUAUGACGCCCACUUGCCAUUGUUCAAACUUUUCUGGAUGGAUUCCGAUCUUGCCGUUCACGAAUCUACUUUCACGGGCCCGCGCGGAGAUCUAGACGAGCCGGACUCGUUUCGUGAGACUAAUAUCUUGCGGCUCAGAAGGCGUUAUGCUCCGACAUCAUACAUCAGACCCACUGAUGACUUUCUUGUGGAUGAUUGGGACGAAUCAGCAACACAAAGAGCCAUUGUUCGUCGUUGCAAACCUAGAAUAGGCCGAAGUACAGGGUCAGAUUUGCAGUGGACCCUGGAUUUCUCUGGUGUCUACAAAGUAGCGACAGGGAAGACAAAACUUAGCCGGAAAACCCAAACGAACAGACAAAGGCCGAAGCCAAGGACACUUGCUGGAUGGAUGGCAAUUCUACAAAGUGAAAUGAAGAAUGGAUCGAAGCGACCUCCAGGCAAGACUAUGGUUGAAUUGACUGGCAGGAGAAUUUUGGCAGAUGGUCUUGAUGAAAGUGCAGUUGAUGUGAAACGACUCAUUUCAGCACUCGUGCCUGAACACCCUGACCCCGAUGCUCAUUGUCGGUAUAUGCUUCUAUCGGUCCCAUUCUCAAACAAGAGUUAUCUCCCAGCCAAACUGUCAGGCGAAGUGGGCAGGGAUCUUCUAAGUGCCUAUGAUCGAAUGGUCGACAAUUGGAUGUCUACUCUGCCUCGCAUCAUCCCCGUGCAUAUACGACUCAUGAAAGAGAGAGUCAUUCGGGGGGUUGCUGCCGAUCUUAUCCUUUCACGCCUAGUCAAAAUGUCUACCUCAUUGGAUGGCGUCAUGCUAUCCAAGCCCGCUGAUCCCAUUGAAGAACAAGCAAUUGAGAAGGCAAAUGAGAAGGCCGCGGCACAUAACAAAUAUUUGCAAUCGACCUACUUCGCAUUAUUAUCAUCACAAAUGUCAAAGAACCACUCAAAGGGCAAAAAUCGAGCCUCUGGACCCAAACGGGACAAGCCAGUGCCGCAGUCCAAGUACAGUGCAGUACCGGUAUUAAGUGGCCUUUCAGCAUUCGUCAAAUUCAAGACUCAACGUCCAACACCACGAAAUGUGGCAAACCUUCUCUCCCACUGGCCGGUGGGAACUAAUCCCAAAAACUAUGAAUGGGAUAGAAUCGAAGACGAGGAGACGCGGAGUUCAAAGGCAACCAAGAACAAACGGAAGAAGCGUUCCCAAACUCGUGACCAAUCGCUCCCUCCGACUCCGACAGUUCCCAUAGUCCGAACAUGGGGCAGUCAGCCACUUGCACCUCCUCGUAUCAACAGUAGUCAGCUGGAUAUAUCGAUGACCCAAAUGGAGCGAGGAACUUUUGGAGCUCGCACACUCAAGAAGCCCAAGAAGAAGAAGAGACAAGCUGGAUUUUAA